CUACUUCAUAAAUAGGCAAAGGCGAGCAACAAACGUAUUUGGAGCACUGCGCUACUCUCUAACUGUAUUCUCUGAUGCAAGAAAAAUGCCAUAACCAAAAUCCUUUCAUUGUUUUUCCCAUUGAUUUCGUUGAAGUUUGAAGCCUUCUCUUCAAUGGCGAGGCCAGGCACCGUUUACUGAGGCAAGAGUACGUGUUUUGUGAGGAAUCCGUUAGUAAUAGUGAUUGUUUGAACUCGAUUGAAGGAUCUAGCAUUUCCAGAUUUUCACCGACUUCGUUGCUACGUGCAGGUUUGUAUUGUCCAGAACACAAGAGACUGUUGCUGUGUUUUAGCUGUUUCAAAUAGUGUUUAAACUGCUAGAGGCCAACAUUAAUUUGAACCUGAUAAAGAUGAAUUUUGGUGAGGAUAUGGAGUCAAAUCUUGAUUUUCACAUAAAAGAUGAGGCAGAAAGGCUUCUUAAAGAAAUUGAACUGAUGAAGAAGAAUGUUGAGAACUCUGAGCUCUAUGCUGGAAUGCGAUUGGAUCUCAAACAGAAUAAAACAAUUCAAAAACACUUCUUUCGCCUUUUAGGCUCCCAUUCACAUGUUCAGGUGGUAAUCUAUGGUUUGGGAAGCACUGAAUACAGUUUUAAUUCACAGUUUCAGCUUGCUGUAGCUCUCCUACUAAAACGAGACUUUUCCAAUUUGAUUGGCAAUAUAGAAAUAUAUGAUCCCUGCAUGUCUCCAGCUGAUAUCAUACUUUACGAGAAACUAGGUCUUGAGGUUCUCACCAAUGAUGAAAAUUGUAAGAGGAGAGCUCAGAGACCAACAAUGUUCUACAUGCCUAAUCCUUAUUGGUAUCUUAUAGGCAACCUCUUGGGAGCAAACUGGUCUUCAUCUUGUCUUAACAAGUUUUUUUUGCUGACAAACUCAUUGCGCUAUACACUGAAAAAUACGCCACGAUGUAGGCAUGUUCUAGAAACAAAGCUACGCUUAGAGAGAAUUCUUGAGUUCACAACAGAGAUCGACAUAAAAACUAGUAACAAUCAAAUGUAUGCUAAUUUGUUUUCAGGAUUUGCCUGGCAUUUCUUUGAUGUGGAUCCCAACAUUGACAUUGAUAUUGACAAACCGGGAUGUUAUUGGUUGGACAUGCAAAGGCAUCUUGAAGAAGAUUUUUUGGAAAAUAUGAAAAGCGAUAUGACUAGUACGGAAUAUGCAGAAAUUUGGGGUACUGAUCGUGGGUGUCGUCGUUUAAAAUGCAACAACGUUCCCCCUCCUCCAGGUUGGAUUAAGCUAAACAUCUAUGGUAUUGGUACAAAGGGUGAUCAGCCAGGACGAUAUAGUGGCAUCUUUCAAGAUGAAAAAGGGAAGUGUUUUGAUAGGUAUAGGGGUGACAUUGAUGUUGAUGACAAUGUGAUUGCUGGACUAGAGGCCUUGAGGAUUGGGUUGGCCGGAUGCAUGGAAGGAAGGCCAAAUGCACAGAAAUUGAUUGUGGAGUCCGAUAAUGUUUUACUUGUCCAAUAUGUUAAUGGUUUGCCUGAGCCAAAUAUCACAGCCAUGCGCUGGUUGGGGGAAAUUUUGGACUUGCUGAAACGUAUAACUUGUGCAGUUUACCAUAUCUACGAAAAAGCCAAUGAAGCUGCUAGAGACUUGGCUCUGAUAGGUGAAUAUCCCAAUUGUGCAUAGAUAGCUUUGUUUUUGACUCAAAGUGGUAUGAUGAAUCUUUCUAGGUUGAACUAAGGUUUCAAAUUCAGUUUGCAUUAUAUGGAAAUUGAUGUUUCUAUCAAAUUUGUCAAAGGUUGGAGACACUUGAAUUUACUUGUUAGACUUUGUGUUUAAUUGUACUUUUGAAUGUUUAGGAUAAUAUACCCAUCUAUUUUAAUUGCAAGUUUCUACAGAAUUACUU